AGUAAUAUGGCUGAUCCACGGGAGUGCUGAGCAGUUCGUGUCUCCGCACGGCGCCGGGCUCGGAUUUUAACAUGUAAAUAACUUCUCUUUCCUCCGGAUAAUACGCGUGGGCACCGAUGCCAGCCCCUCCAUUUUCCAGAAGGGAUUUGUGAGAGGUUCCAGAGGGCUGGAUUAUGUUGUGCAAAACCAAUUCGCUGGGGGCCUCGGAGUAGAGGAAAAACUGCAGUGGAGGAUGAAGACAGUAUGGAUGGUUUGGAGGCAGCAGAAACAGAAAACACUGUGGAAACAGAAGUCAAAGAGCAAUCUGCAGAAGAGGAUGCCCAAACUGAAGUGGACAGCAUCAAGCAGCUAACACCAGUUCUUCAGCGCUCAGUAUCGGAGGAGUCUGCAAGCUCCACCGCCUCUGUUGGUGUCGAAGCUAAAACCAGUGAACAACUCUGCGCCUUUUGUUACUGUGGUGAACGAAGCUCAUUAGGGCAAGGAGACUUAAAACAGUUCAGCCCCACUCCUGGGUACGUUAUCCCAUGGAAAAACUCGCCUUUAACCAAGAGCGAAGGCAGCGACAGCACCGAUGGAGCUUGCGAGAGAACUCCAAGGCAAAACUCAGUGCCGCGCAAACACCGAGGACACAAGAAAUCGCGAUCGAGUAUAGCAUCAUGUACGAGUGUAAGCACCCAAACUGCUUCUGACGAUCAGGUUGUCAAAUUUUGGGAUGAGCUCAGUCUAGUUGGCUUACCAGAUGACAUUGAUGUUGAAGCCUUAUUUGAGCCAACAGGUCACUGCUGGGCUCAUCACCGCUGUGCAGAGUGGUCUUUGGGAGUCUGCCAGACUGAAGAGCAGCUAUCAGUGAACGUGGACAAAGCUGUUGUCUCAGGGAGCACAGAACGAUGUGCAUAUUGUAAGCACCUUGGAGCCACUAUCAAAUGCUGUGAAGAGAAAUGUACCCAGAUGUACCAUUACCCCUGUGCUGCUGGAGCAGGCACGUUUCAGGAUUUCAGUAACUUGUCCCUCCUUUGUCCAGACCAUAUUGAUCAGGCUCCUGAAAGAUCAAAGGAAGAAGCAAAUUGUGCAGUGUGCGACAGCCCUGGAGACCUCUUAGAUCAACUCUUUUGUACAACCUGUGGGCAGCAUUACCAUGGGAUGUGCCUGGACAUACAAGUUACACCUUUAAAAAGAGCAGGUUGGCAGUGUCCUGAUUGCAAAGUGUGCCAGAACUGCAAACAUUCUGGGGAAGACAACAAGAUGCUGGUGUGCGAUACGUGUGACAAAGGCUACCAUACUUUCUGUCUACAACCAGUUAUGGACUCUGUACCAACAAAUGGUUGGAAAUGUAAAAACUGUAGAGUAUGUGCUGAGUGUGGCACACGAACAAGUUGUCAGUGGCACCAUAAUUGUUUGGUGUGUGACAGUUGUUACCAACAGCAAGACAACUUAACUUGUCCCUUCUGUGAAAAACUGUGCCUCCAAGACUUCCAGAAAGAUAUGUUGCAUUGUCACAUGUGCAAAAGGUGGAUUCACAUAGAAUGUGACAGAUCUCCAGGUAGUGAAUUGGAUUCUCAGUUGAAAGACUACAUCUGCACUCUUUGUAAACAAGGAGAAGGGGAUCAGACUCAGUCAUGUGAUGUAAUGGACACUUCUGAACUCAUUCCUGAACCUGACAGUAUGACAGCUUGUACAGAUGAAAUGGAAAUUGAAAGUGGUACAGAUGUGGCAUUUCAGGAACAAACCGUUAUUGGUAGUGGCCCUGGUCAAGAAUCAGCUGUUGGAUGUGUCACAGAUGUUACAGGCAUACCACCAGAAGAAAAGACCACGGAACUGGAAACGGAAGUCUCUGGUGAAGUUAAUUCAACUGAAAUGGAAAUAUCUCCUAAAAAGACACCAGCAUUGGAUGACAGUCAGACUGAGAAAAUGAUGGAAGGUGCUCAAGCUGUAAUACAGCAGGAGUCAGACAAACAAGUUGAAGAGACACAGCUGUCACAAAAUAGUGUUGAGGUAUCAGAAUUAUGCACAGUAGACUCUCGGUCUCUGGCUUCAGUACCUGAGACCUUAACUGUGAUGCCAGAAAUAGAAGGGACUGAAAGUAAAGGGGAAAUUUGUGCCCAUGUAGAACAACAACUGGAAACGAUAGAAGUGCAAAAAGACAUGGAAAAAGGAGAAACUCAUGAAAACUCAGAAACACCAGCUCUUUUAGAUGUAAAAACUGCUUCUGCAAAUGAAGGUUUGCAAAGCAGUUCGCCAGUUGGAGACAAACCCAUAAAAUCACCAGCUGAGAGUUACCCUUCACUUCCACCAUCAGUUAGUAUAAACAAGACAAAUAUGUCUUCCUCACCAGAUGUUUCAUUAGACUUGCAUUCUGCACGUGAUGUACAGCACAGUCAGCCUCCAGCGUUGACUUCCACUGCUGGAAGUGCUCUCACAACAACUUACAUAUCAGUCACUCCAAAAAUUGGCAUGGGGAAACCAGCCAUCACCAAAAGAAAGUUUUCUCCUGGAAGACCCAGAUCAAGACAGGGGGCUUGGAGUACCAAUAAUACAGUCAGCCCACCUUCCUGGUCCCCAGACAUUUCAGAAGGUCGGGACAUUUUUAAAUCCAGACAGCUUCCUGGCAGUGCCAUUUGGAGCAUCAAAGUGGGCCGUGGAUCAGGAUUCCCAGGGAAGCGGAGGCCACGUGGUGCAGGUCUUUCAGGAAGAGGUGGCAGAGGUAGAUCAAAACUGAAAAAUGGAGUUGGGACUGUAGUCAUUCCAGGGGUCACAACUAUGGAUAUUUCAUCUAGCAAAGAUGAAGAAGAAAACUCAAUGCAUAAUACAGUUGUCCUCUUCUCUAACAGUGACAAGUUCACUCUUCAUCAGGAUAUGUGUGUAGUUUGCGGAAGCUUUGGCCAAGGUGCUGAGGGCAGGUUGCUUGCCUGUUCUCAAUGCGGUCAGUGUUACCAUCCAUACUGUGUCAGUAUUAAGAUUACUAAAGUGGUGCUUAGUAAAGGUUGGAGGUGCCUGGAGUGCACAGUGUGUGAAGCCUGUGGGAAAGCUACAGAUCCAGGAAGGCUGCUGCUUUGUGACGACUGCGACAUCAGUUACCACACUUACUGCUUAGAUCCGCCCCUGCAGACAGUUCCAAAAGGAGGCUGGAAGUGCAAAUGGUGUGUGUGGUGCAGACACUGCGGAGCUACUUCUCCAGGUUUAAGAUGUGAAUGGCAAAAUAAUUACACACAGUGUGCACCCUGUGCAAGUUUGUCUGCGUGCCCAAUCUGUUACCGCACUUACAGGGAUGAAGAGCUCAUAAUUCAGUGUAGACAAUGUGAUCGAUGGAUGCAUGCAAUCUGUCAGAACUUAAACACAGAGGAGGAAGUGGAAAACAUAGCUGAUAUGGGUUUUGACUGUACCAUUUGUAGGCCAUACAUACCACCAACAAACGUGCCUUCUUUGGACUGUUGUGAUUCAUCAGUUGGAGCUCAGAUUAUUUCAAAAUCAAAAGAACUAGACCCACCGAAGACAUACACGCAGGAUGGAGUCUGCUUGACAGAAUCCGGCAUGUCUCAGUUACAGAGCCUAACUGUUACAGUACCUAGAAGAAAACGGACGAAACCAAAGCUUAAAUUGAAGAUAAUAAACCAGAACAGUGUGGCUGUACUUCAGACACCCCCAGAUGCCCAGUCAGAACACUCAAGAGAUGGAGAGAUGGAUGACAGUAGAGAAGGUGAUCUUAUGGAUUGUGAUGGAAAAUCAGAUUCCAGCCCAGAACGGGAAGCUGUGGAUGAUGAUACCAAAGCAGCAGAAGGAGCUGAUGGGAUUAAAAAAAGAAAGCGAAAGCCAUACAGACCUGGUAUUGGUGGAUUUAUGGUACGUCAGAGAAGUCGUACAGGGCAGGGGAAAACUAAAAGAUCUCUCUCCAGGAAAGAUUCUUCUGGCUCUGUUUCUGAGCAGUUGCCUGGCAGAGAUGAAGGUUGGACAGAACAGCUGCCAGACACUCCAGUUGAGGAGUCUACCCCAGCUUCUGAAAGCACAGAGAAAAUAAAGAAGCGUUACAGAAAAAAGAAAAAUAAACUUGAAGAAACCUUCCCCGCCUACUUACAGGAAGCUUUCUUCGGAAAAGAUCUACUAGACACCAGUAGACAAAAUAAGACGAGCCUAGAUAAUUUGCCUGAAGAAUCACUUCCACUUUCAUGUAAAACAAAUUUGACCACCAAUUUCCUGGAUCCUUCUUCUGACCCCCUUCUUAGCUCAACCUCCACUCCAGCUCAGGCGAAACUGGGCGCUCAAGGUAGCACGGAUGACCCCUUAGCUGAUCUUUCAGAGGUCUUGAACACUGAUGAUGAUAUUCUUGGAAUACUUUCUGAUGAUUUGGUAAAGUCUGGAGAUCAUUCGGGUCUUGAUUUAUGCACUUUCCAGGUUGAGAACUCACCCUCCCCAUUUGCUGGACUAGAUAUUGGUCCCAUGUCUGAUGAUCCUUCUUCUCUGCCUCAGCCAAAUGUCAACCAGAGUUCACGGCCAUUGAGUGAAGAACAGUUAGAUGGAAUCCUCAGCCCAGAACUAGACAAAAUGGUCACAGAUGGUGCUAUUCUUGGCAAAUUGUACAAAAUUCCAGAACUAGGAGGGAAGGAUGUUGAAGACUUGUUCACGGCUGUAUUGAGUCCAGCGACCACGCAGCCGGCUCCUUUGCCACAGCCUCCACCUCCGCCACAGCUUAUGUCUUUGCACACUCAGGGAGAGAAUGCAUUUUCAAGAGUACCACUAAUGAAUGGUCUGAUUGGUCCUAACCCCCAUCUCCCUCAUACAGCUUUGACUCCUGGAGGUGGACUAGGCACUUUCUCUCCCAUUACGCAGCAACCAUAUACUGAUGCGAGGGAUAAGAAUCCAGCGUUCAAUCCAAUGGUAAGCGAUCCAAACAGUUCAUGGGCACCAUCAGCGCCACCUUUGGAAGGUGAAGGCGAUACCAUGUCCAAUGCUCAAAGAAGCACUCUGAAGUGGGAAAAAGAAGAAGCACUGGGUGAAAUGGCAACAGUAGCGCCUGUUCUCUACACGAAUAUCAACUUCCCUAACCUAAAGGAAGAAUUCCCAGACUGGGCUACAAGAGUGAAGCAGAUUGCUAAACUGUGGAGAAAAGCAAGCUCACAGGAAAGGGCUCCGUAUGUGCAAAAAGCCAGAGAUAAUAGAGCUGCUUUGCGCAUCAAUAAAGUACAGAUGUCAAAUGACUCCAUGAAAAGGCAACAGCAACAGGAUAGCAUUGAUCCUAGCUCUCGUAUUGACUCUGACCUCUUUAAAGAUCCAUUAAAACAGAGGGAAUCGGAACAUGGGCAGGAAUGGAAAUUCAGACAGCAAAUGCGUCAAAAAAGUAAGCAGCAAGCCAAAAUAGAAGCCACACAGAAACUUGAACAAGUGAAAAAUGAGCAGCAGCAACAGCAGCAGCAACAGCAGCAGCAGCAGCAGCAGUUUGGUUCACAACAGCUUCUGAACCAGUCCGGGUCAGACACACCCAGCAGUGGGAUACAGAGCCCCUUAACACCUCAGACAGGCAAUGGAAAUAUGUCUCCUGCACAACAGACAUUCCAUAAAGAUCUAUUUACAAAACAGCAGCUACCUACUACACCGACUUCAGCAUCCUCAGAUGAUGUAUUCCUAAAACCACAAGCCCCACCCCCUACUCCAUCCCGAAUCCCGGUGCACGAUUCACUCUCUCAAUCUCAGACUCCUCAGACGUCAUCACAACAGAUGUUUUCUCCAGGUUCCACAAACACAAGACCUCCUUCUCCAAUGGAUCCGUAUGCUAAAAUGGUGGGAACACCUAGACCAGCACCUGUUAACCAAAACUUUGUUAGAAGAAGUAGCAUUGCACCAUUAGACACCUGUGCACCACAGUCAUCUGUAUCUAGGCCCAUUCAGGUAACUGAACCAUCAGGCAGCAGGCCUUCACCAGUCAGAGAUUCCUGCUCUUCAUCUCCAGGUAGCAGCGAUCCCUAUGCAAAGCCACCGGACACGCCCAGACCUGUCAUGGCAUCAGAUCAGUUCUCCAAACCAUUGGGGGUCCCAAGAUCACCUGUAGUUAUAGAACAGUCAGGGAAAGGUCCUUUACCAGCUGGAAACAGUGAUCCAUUUACUAAGCCAGCCCCUAGAACUGAUACGUUUCAGAGACAGAGAGUGACUUCUGCUGAUGCAUAUGCACGUCCACCAUUGACUCCUACCCCUGUUGAUGGUAGUCCUGGACCCUUUAAAACUCCUAUGCGCCCACCUCAGUCCCCACAAGAUCCUUAUGGAUCAAUGCCAGCCACACCACGGCGGGUUGCUGUUGAUCCAUAUGAAAGGCCUGCUUUGACACCAAGGCCAGUGGAUAACUUUUCCCAUAAUCAGUCUAAUGAUCCAUAUAACCAGCCUCCUCUUACUCCCCAUCCUGCAAUAAAGGAGACUUUCGCUCAUCCACCCAGGAUAAUGCGACAGCAGAGUGAUUCUUUCCCUCAAUCUGGGCCCAUUUCAAGGCCAGCUUCUCAGGACCCUUACUCCCAACCUCCAGGUACUCCCCGGCCAGUUGCUGAUCCUUACGCCCAACCUCCAGGAACUCCUCGACCAACUACAGUUGACCCGUACAUGCAGCAGCCACCAACACCAAGACCUGCUCAGCCAGCAGAUUUAUUCGUUCAGUCCUCAGCAAAUCAGAGACAUUCUGAUCCGUACGCCCAACCUCCUGGAACGCCACGGCCAGUUCUGAAUGAUCCUUAUUCUCAGCAACCAGCAACUCCAAGGCCAGGAGUCCCAGAGAGUUUUAACAGACCUGCAGUGACAAGACCGGGACUAGUACCAAAUAGAGAUCCUUUCCUGCAGACACCACAGAACAGGCUGCAAGGCACUUUUGUCAGGCCGUCAGACCCGUGUUCUCAAACUCCUAGACCAGCAGGACCUGCAAUAACAGAUUCAUUUAGCCAUGGUCCAGCUGCUCCAGCACGUGACCCUUAUGAUCAGCCACCACUGACUCCAAGACCUCAGCCAGAAUCUUUUGGAACCGGGCAACUAGCCCAUGACACUGCUGAACAACCACGGCCUGGAUCUGAGGGCAACUUCAGCGCAUCUGCAAAUUCUCCAAUGAGUUCUCAAGCACAACAGUUUCCCAAAGUUUCGCAAGUUCCUGGCCCAGCACCCACUACGGGAGUAACAGAUACACAGAAUACCAUGAACAUGUCUCAAGCAGAUACUGAGAAAUUAAGACAGCGCCAGAAAUUACGUGAAAUUAUUCUACAGCAGCAACAGCAGAAGAAGAAUGCAGUUCGUCAGGAAAAGGCCUUACAGGAUCCAGCAGCUUCUCCCCAUGGAACUCCUCUUCAGCACUGGCAGCAAGACAAUUUAAAUCAAAUUUUUAACCGCCCUCCUCCUCCAUAUCCUGGGAAUAUUAGGUCCUCUGGUGUCCCUCCAGGUGGGCCAAGGUUCACAGUAUUCCCAAAAGAUCAACGUGGACCAUUUCCUGUUGAUGGGCAGUUCAAUAGACCCCAGUUUCCAGGCGAUAUGAGUGCCGUGGGGAUGAGACCUCAUGGUCUUAGAUUUGGGUUUCCGGGAGGUGGCCAUGGUCCACCAUCAGGUCAAGAACGUUUCCUUGGUCCUCAGCAGCCAAUGCAACGCCCUGGAGUUCCACCGCAGCUGAGAAGAUCUUUGUCUGUUGAUAUGCCAAGACCAGCAAACAAUCCACAAAUAAAUAAUACAGCAUUUAUUGAGUUACGUCACAGAGCUCCUGAUGGCAGGCCGAGACUUCCUUUUAAUCCUUCUGCUACAAAUGUUAUGGAUGCGACAGCAUCUCAUCAGCGACAUGCCGGGUUUAUACCCAGGCAGGAGUUUCCAGGCCCAAGGCAGGCAGAACCACUGAGACAUAGUUCUCAAGGUAUGUCUAGCCAGUUGCAGAUGUCUACAAGUUUGGAGCAUAUGUCACAGUCCCAGCAAGAUCAAAUCAGUCCUGACAACCCACCUGCACUUGUAAUACGUUCUCUGAGUCAUCCACCAGUUGCUGAUGCUUUCCCAGGACCGUCUUUGCCUACAUCUGCACCAAGCGAAGAAUCUGCAAAUUUACAGAUUCCCAACCAGCCAACGGAUGGUCUAGAAGAAAAGCUUGAUCCUGAUGAUCCUGCUGUAAAAGAUUUAGAUGUGAAAGACCUUGAUGGGGUUGAAGUCAAGGAUUUAGACGAUGAGGAUCUGGAAAACUUGAACCUAGACACAGAGGAUGGAAAAGGAGAUGAAUUAGAUACCUUAGACAAUUUGGAAACGAAUGAUCCUCACCUUGAUGACCUUCUAAGAUCAGGAGAAUUUGAUAUAAUUGCAUACACAGACCCAGAACUUGAUCUGGGGGAUAAGAAAGGAAUGUUUAAUGAAGAACUAGAUCUUGGUGUCCCCAUUGAUGACAAGUUAGAUAUCCAGGGCAAGACAGAAGAACCCAAACAGAAAGAACAAGGUGAUAGAAUUGUUGCCCCUUCUGAGACUCUGUCCCCACAGAAGAAAUCAGCUACAGAAAGUGAAAUUAAAACAGAAGUACUUUCUCCAAACACUCACGAGGAGAAGAAGAGUGAAAAUGAAAAAAGUGAUGGAAAUGCUGAAUCUGCAAGUACUCAACAGGCUGCUGAAGUGGAGUUAAAGGAUGGAGAAAAGGCUUCUGUGCAGCCUGCAAACCCAGAAUUCCCUGACAAAACUACUGUUGUUCCUAAUCAGGAAACAACUGUACCUAGUUCGGAUGCUCAGGGGUCUGCUCCACUGCCUGUUCAAGGAGCAGCAAGUUCCUGCAGUAUUUCGGGAUCCACACCAGUCCUCUCAAGUUUGCUAGCUAACGAAAGCUCAGAUAACGCUGAGGCAAGGACAAUAGGAUCUCCGUCUCAAUCUUUGCCAGAAACGCAAAUGAACCAUUCGUCAGGUAUUCAACAAACACUAAUGACACCUGGUGGACAGAUCUUGGAAAACACUUUAAAUACAAAUUUGGCCAUGGUUCCGCGAAUAAACCAUAAUUUUUCUCAAGGGUCACCAAAUCCGGGAUUUAUGCAGGGUCAGUCAGCUAAUCAUAACUUUGGGCCAGGACAAACUUCUAAUCAAACUAUGGCUGUAGCAAACCGUCCUGGUCCUAGUGGCAUAUCUGGCCCGCAACAGAUAAUGCUCCCUCAGCCAUUAGCUCAGCAACAAAAUCGAGAGAGACCACUCCUGCUAGAGGAGCAGCCGCUCCUUCUGCAGGAUCUUUUGGAUCAAGAAAGGCAAGAGCAGCAGCAGCAGCGACAGAUGCAAGCCAUGAUUCGCCAACGUUCGGAGCCGUUUUUCCCCAAUAUUGACUUUGAUGCAAUUACUGAUCCUAUAAUGAAAGCAAAAAUGGUAGCUCUUAAGGGGAUCAAUAAAGUAAUGGCACAGAGUAACAUGGGGAUGCCACCAAUGGUCAUGAACAGGUUUCCCUUUAUGGGGCAGCCAGUGCCGGGGGCUCAGACCAAUGAAGGCCAAAGUCAUAUGCAGCAAGUAACCACACAGGAUGGAAAUUUGACACCUCAGAUUUCUAGGCCUAAUCCUCCAAAUUUUGGUCCUGGUUUUGUCAAUGAUUCACAAAGAAAGCAAUAUGAGGAAUGGCUGCAAGAAACACAACAACUUCUUCAAAUGCAGCAAAAGUACCUUGAGGAACAAAUUGGAGCACACAGAAAAUCGAAAAAAGCGCUCUCAGCAAAGCAGCGUACAGCCAAGAAAGCUGGCCGCGAGUUCCCGGAAGAAGAUGCAGAACAGCUUAAACAUGUAACUGAGCAGCAAAGUAUGGUACAAAAACAGCUAGAACAGAUUCGAAAACAACAGAAAGAACAUGCAGAACUAAUUGAGGAAUAUCGAAUCAAGCAGCAGCAGCAGCAGCAGUGCGGGAUGGCACCCCAUGCUAUAAUGCCAGGAGUCCAGGCCCAAACACCAAUGGUUCCAGGAGGAACAUCACCAGCAAUGAAUCAGCAGAACUUUCCCAUGGUGGCACAACAGCUCCAGCAUCAGCAACACGCAGUGGUAAUCCCUGGGCAAUCCAACCCAACCAGAAUGCCAAAUAUAUCGGGAUGGCAAUCUGCAAAUGCCCCGACGAGUCAUAUUGCCAUUAGCCCAGCAAGGAUGCAGCCUCCCAUGACGCCAUUGCCAAUUACUCCUGCUACACCAGCUCCUGUGCCUGGUCCUAAUGCAGCUGCACAGUCAGGGCCACCACCAAGGGUGGAGUUUGAUGACAAUAACCCCUUCAGCGAAAGUUUCCAAGAGCGGGAAAGAAAGGAGCGUUUACGAGAGCAACAGGAGCGGCAGCGCAUUCAGCUUAUGCAGGAGGUGGAUCGACAGCGGGCUUUACAGCAGAGAAUGGAACUAGAACAACACGGUAUGAUAGGGUCCGAAUUAAAUAACAGAACGUCCUUAUCCCAGAUACCUUUCUUUAAUUCUGAUCUACCUUGUGAUUUCAUACAAACUCCAAGACCUCUUCAGCAGUCUCCACAGCAUCAGCAGCAACAAAUGGGACAGAUUCUGCAACAAGGUCCUGUGAACUCACCUCCUGCCACGACCUUUAUGCAAAGCAGUGAGCGAAGACCAGUGGGGGCUGCAACUUUUGGACCUGAUGCCUCUGCUGUUCCAGGUGGAGCCCCUAGUUUUCAUACCGUUAAACAAACUCACGGAAAUCUCCCUGGGGCCACCUUCACACAGAACCAAGUCAGGCCCCCAGUUGCUCCUCCUGUACCUUCAUCUGCAGUACUUGGUAGUGGUCCGUCAUGUGCUUCAGACACAAGCAUGCCCCAGGCAACAAAUUUCCCUGGAUCAAGCCAGUCUCUCAUACAGCUGUAUUCUGACAUAAUCCCGGAAGAGAAAGGAAAAAAGAAAAGGACUCGAAAAAAGAAAAAGGAUGACGAUGCUGAGUCAAUAAAAGCCCCAUCAACUCCACAUUCAGAUAUAACUGCACCAUCAACUCCAACCAUUUCUGAUUCUACCUCUACCCCCGCAGUUAAUACCCCCAAUGAACUUUCACGUCAUCAAGAUGAGCAAGAGUCAGUGGAGUUAACAGGCCCAUCAACAUCAAAUGGAGCAGAGGGCCGGACCUCUCCCGAGCUGGAAUGUAAGCUCCCCAGUAGUAGUUUGCCGCAGAAGCAGCUGACUGUAAAUACAGAGACUGAAAAGGCUACAACAGAUGCACCUACUAGCAUACAAGAAGUUAAACUAGAAAAGGCAGAAACUGAUCAAUGCGUGGGUCAAGCUGAGCCUAAAACAGAAAAUCCAAGCAGCAUUAAGGUGGAAGAAGAUAAGGUCACCUCACAUCCUGCCUCUUCAGCUCAGAGUCCAACGCAGCCAGCUAGCAUCCCAGCAGCAAAAGGGGAGUCAGGGAAUGAAUUGCUGAAACACCUGCUUAAGAAUAAAAAAUCCUCAUCUCUUCUAAAUCAGAAAUCGGAGAACAGCUGCCGAGCAGAAGAAGAGAGUGCUGGAGAUAAGAAGUUACCAGAGAAGCAGAAUCCAACUGAAGGAAUGCAAACUGCAGGAAACCAAACACAAGGUGCAUUUGGGUGUAGUAACAGCCAGCUUCAAAGAGCAGAUGUAGGACAGGAAACAAAGAAGCAGAGAAAUAAGCGAACUCAGAGGACAGGAGAGAAAGCAGCUCCUCGGUCCAAGAAAAGAAAAAAAGAAGAAGAAGAAAAACAAGCCAUUUACCCUAACGCUGAUACAUUCAUCCAGUUAAAACAACAGCUUUCUCUUCUGCCUCUGAUGGAACCGAUAAUUGGAGUGAGCUUUGCACACUUUCUUCCCUACGGCAGUGGCCAGCUAAAUGGUGGAAAUCGACUUGUAGGAAGUUUUGGUAGUGCAACUCUUGAUGGGGCUUCAGAUUACUACUCCCAGCUCAUUUACAAGCAGAACAAUCUGAGUAAUCCUCCGACACCCCCAGCCUCUCUUCCUCCCACUCCACCUCCUGUGGCAUGCCAGAAGUUGGUAAACGGCUUUGCAACCACUGAGGAACUUGCUGGCAAGGCUGUUAUGUUAGGAGGUCAUGAUGUUACCAAAGCUCUGGGACCAAAGCAGUUCCAGUUGCCUUUCAGACCACAAGACGAUUUAUUAGUAAGAGCAAUGGCUCAGGGCCCUAAAACUGUGGAUGUUCCUGCUUCACUACCAACACCACCUCAUAACAAUCAGGAGGAAUUAAGGGUUCAAGAUCACUGUGAGGACAGGGACACUCCUGACAGCUUUGUUCCUUCUUCCUCUCCUGAAAGCGUGGUGGGAAUGGAAAUAAGUAGGUAUCCAGAUUUGUCAGUCGUAAAGGAGGAGAACCCAGAACCUGUACCAUCUCCCAUCAUUCCCAUCCUACCCAGCAGUACUGGAAAAGGUUCAGAAGCCAAAAGGAAUUAUAUAAAAUCAGAACCUGGUUCAGGAGCAUUACCUGGUUCUGGCUUCUUUGCCUCUCAGCUCGGACCAUCCCAGAAUGGUCCUAAAUCUGGCCUUAUAUCUGUAGCAAUUACUUUACAUCCCACAGCUGCUGAGAACAUUAGUAAUGUAGUAGCUGCAUUCUCCAAUCUGCUCCAUGUCAGAAUUCCUAACAGUUACGAGGUUAGUAACGCUCCAGAUGUCCCAUCCACCAUGGGAGCGGCAAGCAGUCACAGGAUGAACCCAUCUAUGGAGUACAGACAGCACUUGCUAUUUCAGGGUCCUCAGGCAGGAUCCCUGGGAUCUGCUAGGCUUGUAGGGUCGUACGGACUAAAGCAACCUAAUGUGCCAUUUCCUGCAAACAGCAAUGGUAUAGGUGGCUAUAAGGAUCACAGUCAAAAUAUUGCAGAAAGCUCAGCAUUGAGACCUCGAUGGUGCUCUCAUUGCAAAGUGGUGGUUCUUGGUAGUGGCGUGCGGAAAUCCUUCAAAGACCUGCCUUUCCUUAAACAGGAUUCCCAAGAAGGCUCUGAUAAAAUGAAGGACAUUGUAUUCUGUAGCAACAACUGCUUUGUUCUUUAUUCAGCAGCUGUGCAAGCAAAAAACUCAGAGAGCAAAGAAUCAGUUCCAUCUUUGCCACAGUCGCCAAUGAAGGAAAGGCCGCCUAAAGCAUUCCAUCAGUACAGCAACAACAUCUCCACUUUGGAUGUCCACUGUCUGCCUCAGCUGCAGGAAAAAGUUUCUCCACCUUCUUCACCCCCGAUCAUGUUCCCUCCUGCAUUCGAGGCAGCCAAGGUAGAGGCAAAACCGGAUGAGCUUAAGGUAACAGUGAAACUAAAACCUAGGUUAAAAGCAAUACACAGUAGUCUCGAUGACUGUCGCCCUCCAAGUAAGAAAUGGAAAGGAAUGAAAUGGAAGAAGUGGAGCAUUCAGAUUGUGAUUCCUAAAGGAUCAUUCAAACCUCCUUGUGAAGAAGAAAUAGAUGAAUUUCUUAAAAAAUUGGGCACAACCCUUAAACCAGAUCCUGUGCCUAAAGACUAUAGGAAAUGUUGCUUCUGUCAUGAGGAAGGUGAUGGAUUAACUGAUGGACCAGCAAGGCUUCUUAACCUUGAUUUAGACCUUUGGGUCCAUUUGAACUGUGCUCUUUGGUCUACAGAAGUCUAUGAGACACAAGCUGGUGCCUUAAUAAACGUGGAACUAGCACUGCGAAGAGGCUUGCAAAUGAAAUGCAUGUUUUGUCACAAAAUGGGUGCCACCAGCGGUUGUCACAGAUUAAGGUGCACCAAUAUUUAUCACUUUACCUGUGCCAUUAAAGCACAAUGCAUGUUUUUUAAAGACAAGACCAUGCUUUGCCCCAUGCACAAGCCAAAGGGAACUCAUGAGCAAGAACUUAGUUACUUUGCAGUCUUCAGGAGGGUCUACGUUCAGCGGGAUGAAGUGCGGCAGAUUGCUAGCAUAGUGCAGCGAGGAGAACGUGACCACACUUUCCGCGUAGGAAGCCUGAUUUUCCAUGCCAUCGGUCAGCUGCUGCCUCAGCAGAUGCAGGCCUUCCACUCCUCAAAAGCGCUCUUUCCCGUGGGCUACGAGGCCAGCCGCUUGUACUGGAGCAUGAGAUAUGCAAACAGACGCUGUCGCUAUCUCUGUUCGAUUGAGGAGAAGGAUGGGCUUCCGUUAUUUGUCAUCAAGGUUGUGGAGCAAGGCCAUGAAGAUCUGGUUCUUACAGACGCAACACCAAAAGGUGUUUGGGAUAAAAUCUUGGAGCCUGUUGCUUCUGUAAGGAAAGAAUCUGAAAUGCUCCAGCUGUUUCCUGGCUAUUUGAAGGGUGAAGACCUCUUUGGUUUGACGGUCUCUGCAGUGGCAAGGAUUGCUGAAUCGCUUCCAGGGGUUGAGGCCUGUGAGAACUACACUUUCCGCUAUGGCCGAAACCCCUUAAUGGAACUUCCUCUUGCUAUCAACCCCACGGGCUGUGCCCGUGCCGAGCCUAAAAUGAGUACCCAUGUCAAGAGGUUUGUGUUAAGGCCUCACACCUUGAAUAGCACCAGCACGUCGAAGUCAUUUCAGAGCACAGUUACGGGAGAACUGAACGCGCCUUACAGUAAGCAGUUCGUCCAUUCCAAGUCCUCUCAGUACCGUAAAAUGAAAACUGAAUGGAAGUCCAAUGUGUAUCUAGCUCGCUCGCGGAUUCAGGGCCUGGGCUUAUAUGCUGCUAGAGACAUUGAAAAGCACACUAUGGUCAUUGAAUAUAUCGGAACUAUUAUCCGGAAUGAGGUAGCAAACAGGAAGGAGAAGCUUUAUGAAUCUCAGAAUCGUGGCGUGUACAUGUUCCGCAUUGACAACGAUCACGUCAUUGAUGCUACCUUGACGGGAGGCCCUGCCAGGUAUAUCAACCAUUCGUGUGCACCUAACUGUGUGGCUGAGGUGGUAACUUUUGAGAGAGGACACAAAAUUAUCAUUAGCUCCAGCAGGAGAAUACAGAAAGGGGAGGAGCUUUGCUAUGACUAUAAGUUUGAUUUUGAAGAUGACCAGCACAAGAUUCCAUGUCACUGUGGAGCUGUAAACUGCCGAAAAUGGAUGAACUAGAAUGCAUUCCUUGCUGUUUUUGAGGGUUGCUUGUCCCUGGGAAGAAGUGAUUCACAUUUUUGAUUUUGUCGACAGAAAAUCGUUGCCUUUUUGAAGGGAAAAAAAAAAAUCACUUCUGGAAGUACAGAUUUCUAGUCAAGUAUGAACAAAAAAAGAAAAAAAAAUAACAAACAAGCACCAGAAGCAAGCCGGCAAAAUCUGAAGCUGUCUUAACUUUCCAGACGUAUGGAGGUUAAACUGAAUUAACAGAAUGGUCCAGCACUUUUGUUUUCGAGCUCACUAAGGAGAAACUGUUUAACUUGGGCAAAGAACUGAUGGCUGACCUGCGGAAGGGCAGGUAGGCAUAUAUGAAUGUAAGACUGAAAUCACCAGCGAAAGGGAGAAGUCCAAAGUGCUGGCCACAGCCUUAUUUGAUAAAGGGGCAGGCCCUCUAAUUAAAGAAAAAUUUUAAAUAAAAGUAGACACCACUGAACAAGGAAUGUACUGAAACGACUUCCUUAGGGAUAGAGCUAAGGGAAAAAAUAACUUGCACUAAAAUACAUUUAAAUACUUGAUUCCAUGAGUCAGUUUAUUGUAGUUUUUGAUUUCUGUAAAAUAAGAGAACCUUUUUGUAUUUAUUAUUGAAUAAGUGAAUGAAGCUAUUUUUAAAAAAGAAAGUUAGAAGAAAGCCAAGCUGCUGCUGUUACCUGCAGAACUAACAAACUCUGUUACUUUGUACAAAAGUGUAAAUAUUUUGAGAAAAAAUACAGUAUAAAAAUAGUUAUUGACCAAAUGCUACCAGACUCUGCAGCAGUUCGGGUGCUUAUUAUAAAAUGUCAAUAGGGAUGUUACAAUAUGAUCUCAUGUAUUAACAGACAUGCGAUUACAAUUAUGGAAUAACCAAAAUCUCAAUUUAAAGAGAAGGGGGUUUUUGUUUUUGUUUUUUUAAUGUUUAAAGCAGUCUCAACUGUGGUCUAUUAGUUUAUUUUUUUUUUUGUUGUUGUUUUUUAAGUAAACCUUAAGCCUGGUGCAAGGCGUGUAUAUUACAACUAUGACUUUUGUAGAUGUUUGGGUAAUUUAGACUGAUUAAUUUUAUUUGUAUUAUAUUGUUGCAUCCCUAUUUCUUAAGUCAGGUUUUUUGUGCUUACAAUUUGUGAUAACUGUGAAUAACUGCUAAAACCACCCAAAAUAGAGGCUGAACACUGUUUUCUCUUUUGCAAAAGUAGUCAAGAUUAGGUGACUGUUCAGCCCAGGUUAAAUCAUGUAAACAGCAUAGAAUCAUGUAGAUGGAGCUUAAGUCUGAUACGAUAGCCUUCUUAAAAGGAAAACAAGGAAAAAAAUUAGAUGUAAUGUGCUUGCAGCUGCAGGACUCUGGCAAUAGGGUUUUGGAAAAUGUAAUUUAAAGAUGUGUUUGUAUGGAUUGUUUUGUUUACAUUUCCUUAAAAAAAUAAACACUGUUUUGUGUUUGCUUGUAGAAAUUUAAUCAGCAUUUUGAACCAGGUUAGCUUUUUAUUUUGUACUUAAAAUUCUGGUACUGACACUUCACAGGCUAAAUAUAAAAAAAAAAAUGAAGUUUUUUUUUGUGUGCACAAUUAAAGUGGACUGUAAACUGUUGGUAUAUUCAGUAAUACAGUUCUGAACUUGUAAUGUAUAUGGCAUGAUGUAUUUUUAUCUUACAGAAUAAAUCAAUUGUAUAUAUUUUUCUCUUGAUAAAUAGCUGUAUGAAAUUGUUUCUUGAAUAUUUUUCUUCUCUUGUACAAUAUUCCAACAUCCUACCAGUAUUUGUCCUACAGUUUUUUUUCUGUUCUGUAUAAUAGUAUCUAAUGUUGGCAAAAAAAAAAAACAAAAACAACACAAAAAAAA